AUGCAGAACCUCAACGACCGCCUGGCCUCUUACCUCGACCAGGUGCGGAACCUGGAAGCAGAGAACAACCAGCUGGAGCACCUGAUCGAAGAGUGGCAUCGGAAGCAUGGGCAGAGCGGCACACCGAAAGACUACAGCUCUUACUACGACGAGAUUGACAAGCUUUCCCACGAGGUAGCGUAAUCGCCCUUCCCCAUCAGAGUUUCUAGCUGGGGCAAUCUGAGUAAGGUCCACUAUUUGAUUGCUGAUUCAGGACCCUAAAGUGUUUUAUAUAAUCGACUUUUUAUUUUGUUCUGCGUACAUCCCAACGUUCUUUGGUUGCUAUGGCCGGUGGCUGACGCAAAUAAAGUUUCAUUCGCCCUUCCCCAUCAGUUUUGAAUCUUGGAGAGGGGCUUCUGUUUGGGCUCCGACUAAGAAGGUCAUUUGGGGAACACUGCAAAAAGCAGGCAACAUCUUCUCAAAUCCAGUAGAAUGGGGAUUAUAGUGAAUGGAUUGUGAGAACUGCUCAACAGCAAGGAUGAAGGAGGACUCCAGAUGGUCUACAUUUUAAAGCGAACCAAACCAUAUUAAAUUAUUCCAGAUUUAUACAUAUGGAGAAAAGUGUAUUUUAGGGAAAGAGUUUUUUAAAAAAUAUAUAUGAAAAAAAUGUGUUACUUUAGGGGUAGAAUGCAUAUAAAAUACGCACAAUUUUGAUGUGAGUUGUGUGUGUGUGUGUUUAAAAACAAUUCACAAAAAGAAAAAAUCAGGGAACAGAUCUAUGACUAAAAUAGAGCCUUGGGGAAAAGUUUCCAUUGGUUCUUUUUUAAGAAGAUUAUUGUCACAUACCAACCCUCACUGGUGCCAGUGAAUACUUUUUCCUUAAGGCACCUAGGACUCAGCUACAUUAGUCAAGAAACAGCGUUUUGGCUGCAUUAUAAACAUGCAACACCAGAUGGUGGUGGUGAGCAAAAAAAAAAAUCUAAGCGAUUUUCCAUAGCGGUUUUUUCCUGUUGUUAUAACGAUUUAAUUUCUUACUUUUUAUAGAGUCCCCCCCCCCCGUGUGUAGAUCCACCCCUAGUGACAUGUCUGUUUUGUUCAGAUCGCAAUGGGGAGGGACAUAAGAAUAUAAUAAAGGCCUUGCUGGAACAGGCAAAAGGAUCACCUCUUACAGCAUCCUGUUCUCAUAGAUGCCAGUGGGAAAACCACGAGUGCAAUGGCAUUCUCCCAUUUUGCCAUUUCCAGCAACUAGUAUUUUACUUUAUUGCAUGUAUUUUUCCAUAAACUUUAUGUACCGCUUGAUGGGGGGGGGGAGGGGUUUGCAAAAGGUAAAAAAUUAAGAAAAAAUAACAACCCUACUUUGAAACAUACAAAAGCUGAAAUACUAAAAGAGAUAAAAAUUGCCUCUACUUUCUAAGCACUUCCUCUACCUCUCCCCUCCCUUUAUAUCCUGUGAGCCUCCCUAAAUCUGUUUUGGCGUUUUCCUCUGGAGCAGAUUUGGGAAGGGUGCGGGGCACGUAGGAGAGGAAGCUCCAUAGCGAAAGUUGAAAUUCUUACACCUGCAGAUCUACUUUGUUGGAUGCCACCCUACAGAAUGAGAAGGAGAAUGAAUUGGCUUGCUUGAGGUCCCACCAGCUUGUAGUAUCCUAGAGGAAAGCACGACUGCUUCAAUUAAAUGUGGGGAAUGUGGGGAAGAGCUGUGGCUCGAUGGCGGCCACAAGUUUUAAAUAACAUCUAGUUAAGCACUAAUGGCAACAACCAGAAUGUCAAUCAGAGUGUCAGCUUUCCAUACAUGAUUAUUAUUAUUAUUUUUUAAAAAGUGAUGAUUUGCGUCAGGUACUUCUUCCCUUUGUUUCACUGUGGGAAAUAUGGUGGUCCCGAAUCCUUAGCAACCAAGUGUGCCCUUUACCUUCUUGCAGCUGGUCGAUGCCGUGGCCGAGAGUAACAAGAUGCUCCUGGACAUCGAUAACACAAAGAUGGCUGCUAAUGACUUCAAGAUGAAGUAAGCCCAUUAUACAGCGUUGCUUCCUAUUAGGCCACAUCCACACCCAUGCUCUUAUACCACUUUAAACAGCCAUGCCUUCUCUCAAAGAAUCCUGGGAACUGUAGUUUAUUAUGGGUGCUGUGAGCUCUUAGGAGACCCCUAUUCCUCUCAUAAAGCCAGUGCUUUUUUUCCUGGGGGUACACAGAGGCACGCACACCCCUUAACAUUUUGUGAAUCUAAGUUUGGCCUCAUUGAGGGGCAGUAUUUCAAUAUGAGUAGGAAAAUGAGAGUACCCCUAAGCGGUUUUUAUAUAUAUAGAAAAAAAGCACUGCAUGAAGCUAUUAUUCCCAGAACUCCCCAUCGUUCACCCUGGACACUGAGGUCCAGCUCCGAGGGCCUUCUGGCGGUUCCCUCACCACGAGAAGCGAGGUUAUAGGGAACCAGGCAGAGGGCCUUCUCGGUAGUGGCGCCCACCCUGUGGAACGCCCUCCCAUCAGAUGUCAAGGAAAUAAAUGUUUAGAAGACAUCUGAAGGCAAGUUUAGGGAAGAUUUUAAUGUUUGACCUUUUAUCGCUGUUGUUGUUGAUAUUGAUAUUCUAUUGGGAGCCACUCAGGGUGACUGGGGAAACACAGCCAGAUGGGUGGGGUUUGUAUGUAUGUACAGUGGCACCUCGGGUUUCAUACGCUUCAGGUUACAUACGCUUCAGGUUACAGACUCUGCUAACCCAGAAAUAUUACCUCGGGUUAAGAACUUUGCUUCAGGAUGAGAACAGAAAUUGUGCAGUGGCGGCGCAGCAGCAGCAGGAGGCCCCAUUAGCUAAAGUGGUGCUUCAGGUUAGGAACAGUUUCAGGUUAAGAACAGACCUCCGGAACGAAUUAAGUACGUAACCAGAGGUACCACUGUAUGUAUGUAUAAAAUAAUCCCUGGGAAGAGGGAUUGAUGGUUAAACCACUCUGGUUCCAUAAACAAUAUCAGCAAAUGAAACCAUAAAAUCAUUAAAUAUCUUUGCAGCUACAGCAAAUUCCCAUAGACUAUACUUCAAAACAAUGAUACUUUAUCAGGAUGAGAAAAUGUGUGUGAGUGUUUUGCUUUGAGCAUUUGCUGCGCACAGUUGUAUAUUUCUAUCUUGCUUUUCCUCCCGGCCGUUCAAGUGACUUUCCCAAAGACCUCUGUGAUUGGGCAGAGACGUAAGGAAUUAGGCAGUGCUUGAGGUAUCCUGGACCGUAAAUACUUCUGGCCUUGUAAAUUAAGACAAGAAGCUUGCAUUCCUGCCUUGCUUUUCCUCUCAGGUACCCAAGGUAGUGUAAAUUAUGCUCCCUCUCCCCUUUUAUCUUUACAACAACCCAGUAAGGCAGGCUAGGCUAAGCUGGACACAUGUACAGAAACAGAAGUUCCUAUCAGUUGAUGGCAGUGAGGUUGGGGGGGGGGGCAAGAAGAUGCAGGUAGCUCAAUCCAAAUCCAGUGUACCAGCCUCUGGAAAUCCUGUUGGCAUCCCUGGAAUUUAGGAUUGGUCCCUGAGAGCCACAACAGCAACCAAAUAGUUUUGUCACAAACAAAAUGGAUCGCUGCAGAUUGCGUCUUUGUUGCCUUUCAGACUAACUUCCUUGGCUUUCUUAGGUAUGAGACAGAGGCUGGUCUUCUCCAAAGCGUAGAGGCUGAUCUGCAAGGUUUACGUCCGCUUUUGGAUAAGCUGACUUUGGAAAAGUCUGACCUGGAGAUGGAGUAUGAAUCCCUGCAGGAAGAGCUGAGCCAUCUUAAGAAAAACCACAGUGAAGUAAGAGCCGCCCACCCCCCUCUUGCCUGGAAUGAAAUCCAAGGCCUUUGGAAGACACGUGUUAAAUUUCAGAAAGGAAGUUUACAUCUUCUUCCUCCCUGCACUGGGAUCUUCCAAUAUUUUUGUGAAAUCCCAGAAUAUACCAGCAGCUUAUUUCCCACUAGUAUGGGAAUAAAGGACACAGCAGCUCUGGCCUGGUGGUAACUCUUGGGAACUUUAAAACAGAGGAGAGAACUGCUAACUCCUAGGCAAGGUUCAGGAUCCUGCCCACAAAGGAUUCCCCCCCCCCGGCUCCCCAGAAACCCAUCAAUUUUGCACAUAGUGUGUGCAUAGCUUUUGCAGAAUUGGGAAUUGUGGGCGUGAAAUUGCUGCACAUAUCAAUGCCCAGUCAAAACUGAGCUCAAAGAAGGAUGCAGUCUAACCACACUCCAUUGUUUUGAAUGGGAUACGCUCCAUCACUUUGAAUGUGACUAUGUCAGUGGGAGAGAUGGGAAGCAGAAUUUACUCCAUCACCUCUGCUGUAACAGCCCAGCUACACUGCAUACCUCUUGCCCCUGAACUUUUUUUUAAUCUUUAUUAAUUUAAAAUAAAUACAUUUAUGAGAAAACAGACGUGCAUACAAGUAAACAAACAUACAAUCAAUCAAUCAAUCAAUCAAUCAAUCAAAUAACAGAAAAAUCAAACAAACCACCAUACUAUAAGAUAUAAGAAGAUUAAUAUAAUUAUUGCCAUAUAUACUCCUGAUACUGAACACAAUUAUAAAACUUAUAGAGAAGAAAUUUAAAACUGACUUCCAAUUAAUCUCACUGUACUUUCUCUAUCCAUUACUUUAUACCGCACAGUUACAUAUUUCUUAUAUAGUUUCUUUUUACCUCCCUACGAACUUAUAUUUAUACAAUACAGGCAUCAGUCUAAUUCUGCCAAGUUGUUUCCUUUUAUUCCAUAGUUUUCUAAAUAUUCUUUAAUAUUUAGAACUGUGCCAGCUGGUCAUUAUAAGAAAAGCUGUUUGAGAAUUGGUGCCUGAGUUUUGUUUCCCCCUCUUCCCUCCCUGUCCAUUUUCUCGUGUGUCUUUUAUUUAUUUAUUUAUUUAUUUAUUGUAAGCCUGUGGACAGGGACUGUCUUGCUUUAACUGACUGUAUGUGAGUCACUCUGGAAGUAUUUUUGGCUGAAGGGUGGGGUACAAAUGCCCUAAAUACUGAGCACCCACCACCCGCCGACUCAGAAAACCAUUUACACAUUAGUGUGCCUAAGGAAGUGCGCCCACUGUGUGUGCCGGGAGGGUCUCAAUGUUUUAUUUGUUUUGGACAUGCAGGUAAAGAACAGUAUGCAACACCAGUCCGGUGGGGAUGUCACUGUUGAGGUUGAUUCCAAGCCUGGAGAGGAUCUGAAAAAGAGACUGGAUGAUCUGAGACAUGAAUAUGAACAGAUCAUUCAGCAAAACCGCAGAGAGGUCGAACAAUGGUAUGAGGCUAAGGUGAGUAACCCCGGGAGAGCAAGGAACAGGGUCAAACGAUGCUUCUUCGCAGCCUACCCCACCUCUAAAAGAAAGAAAGAAUUUUAAAUCAUUAGGGGUCUGACACAAGGAAAAGGUACCCAGUUGCUUGCCUACUUGUAGGUAGCUGUGUGGGGAGCAAACACUGGAAUCUGUAGCACAGUCAUAAAUUGAUUUAUGAUCAAUUUACGUUUCCGAGCACAAUUCAAAGUGUUGGUGCUGACCUUUAAAGCCCUAAACGGCCUUGGUCCAGUAUAUCUGAAGGAGCGUCUCCACCCACAUCAUUCUACCCGGACGCUGAGGUCCAGCACCGAGGGCCUUCUGGCAGUUCCCUCAUUGCAGGAAGCCAAGUUACAGGGAACCAGGCAGAGGGCCUUCUUGGUAGUGGCGCCCUCCCUGUGGAACGUCCUCCCACGCCCUUGCCAUCGCCCAUCCUGCGCAGUAGCCUAAGGCGCAAAGAGGGGAGGAGAAGGUUGGGGGUAACGAAACUCUUAUGUUGGGGAAGGUCCAAUAAAAGACCAUUCCUAGAUUCUGCUAGCAAUUGAGCCAGACAUGAGCUUUGGGGCUCUUCACUGUAAAUAGUUUGCACCAAAAUAAAACCUAUAAAACACAGGUUGGAGUCCUGCCUGGUUACUCUCCAGCAACCGCAACAGCCAUCUGACACUAGGGAUCAUUAUCAGAAGAUGUUCAGCACCCUCACCCAGCUACAGUUCCCAAGUUCUUUAGGAAACUGAAUCAAAUCGAUGUAGCUUGAUAGUGUAAGCAUGCCUUUAGCACUCAGGGUGUAAAACGAUACCUUUCCAGUACUUUCCCCAAGUGCCCUCACUUCAGCCAUUGAAAAUCCAGUGUGUAAUUGAACUAUGGAACAGGCUCCCACAGCAGGCAGGGAUGGCAAACCAGCUUGGGUGGCUUUGAAAGAGGAUUAGACAAAGCCACAGAGGACAAGCAAGAGGAGAAUGCUAAUAUCCCUGAUGGCCAUGUUCUACUUCCUCUAUUGGAGGUCAUGUGACGCUGAAUACUAUGACUCUGAAACCACAGGAGGGGAGCGUGCUAUUGUGCUCAUGGCUUACUUGUGGGCUUCCUAAAGGGAUCUGUUUGGCCACUGUAGGAAAUCGGAAACUGAAUUAGAUGGGCCUCUGUUCUGACCUGGCAGGCUUCUUAUACACCUUGAAACCCAAACGCCUUACAAGUUGAACAUUUUGGCUCCUGAACGCCGCAAAUCCGGAAGUGAGUGUUCUGGUUUGCGAACGUUCUUUGGAACCUGAAUGUGCGAUGGGGCUUCCACAGCUUCCAAUUGGCUGCAGGAGCUUCCUGCAGCCAAUAAUAAUAAUAAUAAUGAUAAUAAUAAUUUGUUGUUUAUACCCCGCCCAUCCGGCUGGGUUUCCCCAGCCACUCUGGGUGGCUUCCAACAAAAGAUUAAAAUACAAUAAUUCAUCAAAUGUUAAAAACUUCCCUGCACCUUGGUUUCCAAACAUUUUGGAAGUCAAAUGGCCUUCCGAAAUGGAUUACGUUCAACUUCCGAGGUACCACUCAUUAAGAUUUGAGACGAGGUUAGUAACAUACGCAUUGCAUAUUUAGAAAUAUUAUUGAAAAAAAUACAUCGUUACUGUUGUCACCGAAGUGUGAAAAACACAGAUAUUCCCAUCUUUUAAAUUAAUGAUAUUUAUUAAGUUUGGGCAGGGGGAAAUAAACAAAUUGUCCAUUAUUUCAAGUGUCUGCAUAGGAACAACUAUGAAAAUCCAGCAAAGUUGCCAUUCCUCUGUUUUGCACAACACAUUCUGCUCAUUUCCCCCCACUUUGAUUUGGAACGUGUAUAUUUGCGGAAGGCCCGAUUCAUGGCCCUCUGUUUGUGUUUUCCAGAUGGAGGAAUCUCGUCAGCAAGAAAAGUCGAGCGACCAGGAGAUUGGGACCGGUAGCAAAGAAGUGAUGGAGCUCAGUCAGCAAUAUCAAACCCUGGAAAUUGAGCUGCAGUCGCAGAUCAGUUUAGUGAGUCACAGCUUCCAAUUCUGCGUCAUCAUUCCGUAGAACUAGUCUCAGUUGCUUGAAGCUGUUGGGAUCUUUUGGUGCAAUGCAGCUUCACACCAUACCAGAAAGAAGGCUAUGCUAGAUGUUAAAUUGUGGGUGAACAUAUCAGACGACACCGCGAUUCUUCAAACAGCUCUUGUUUAUUCACAGGCCAGAACAGAACUGAACUGAAGAGCUCAGUCAGCCUGCUUAUAUACAGCUCCAGUACAACAUAACUGUAACAACUUUCUGUAACUAUCCAAUCACUGAACGUCACUUUUGAUGCCUUAUUUGCAUAUGUGGACCUGAGUAAAAUAUAUCUACAGUAUCCCCCUGCUGGCCCAGGGUGAGAACUUCAGUACAUGACACCUAAUGUGGAACAGGAGUGGGGACACUUUGCCCCCCCCCAAUGUUGCUGUUCUAAAUCUUCCAUCAGCCCUGGCCAUUGGCCAUGCUUGCUAGGGCUGAUGGAAGUUGUUCAGCAACAUCUGAAGGGUCAAAUGGUCCCCACACCUGAUAUGCAGGAAUGAAUGAACAAAGCUAGGCCUAUGUUUUGCCCCUGCUCUUGAAGGCUUUGUAUUUGCUUUGCAGCUCCAGUCUCUGCAAAACAACCUGAACGACACAGAAGGACGCUACAACAUGCAGCUGCAGCAGAUCGUGAGCCUUGUUGAGCCCCUGGAACAUGAGCUGGCCAGUAUUAAGUAUGAGAUCCAGAAUCAAAGCCAGGAGUACCAGACACUCCUUGGCAUCAAGACCCAUCUGGAGGGGGAGAUCAACCAGUACCGUCAACUGCUUGAGGAAGGGAAGCACCUUGCGUAUGUAGAAUUCACACAGGAAUGAGUCAAAUAAUACGCCCGUUGCUAUUUGGUGCAAUGCAGGAUUGUGGGAGAAAUGGCCCCUGAGAAGCUUCUCCUGGAGAACAUCUCUCCCAAAAACUUGCAAUUUUUACGCAUUAAACCUCUUGAGCGCUUAUUCUCCUGCAAGGCUCUUUAUGACCUCUUGAUUCACUUUCACAACAAACCUUUGAAACUGGAUGAUAGAUUGAGGAAGUGCAACUGACAAUUGAAAUUUCCAGACCCCACUCUACAACCCUAUUCACUGGACCAGACUGGUUUGUAAAAGUAAAGGCGCCCCUGAUUGUUAGGUCCAGUCAUGGACGACUCUGGGGUUGCAGCGCUCAUCUCGCUUUAUUGGCUGAGGGAGCCGGCGUACAGCUUCUGGGUCAUGUUUCCAGCAUGACUAAGCCGCUUCUGGUGAACCAGAGCAGCGCACAGAAACACCGUUUACCUUCCCGCCGGAGCAGUACCUAUUUAUCUACUUCACUUUGACGUGCUUUUGAACUGCUAGGUUGGCAGGAGCAGGGACCGAGCAAUGGGAGCUCACCCCGUCGUGGGGAUUCAAACUGCCAACCUUCUGAUCAGCAAGCCCUAGACUCUGUGGUUUAGACCACAGCGCCACCCGUGUCCCAGACUGGUUGGUACUCAGUGGUAAAUCCGGCUAAAAAUGCCAUGCUCCAGUAGACAUGCCCUUUACUGGUUCCAGGGCCAGAGAGGAGGGUGGGCACAUCUCCUGCUCUAUAAUUUCUACCCAAUCCCAGUUUUGACCCCAGGUCCAUGCCAAAUUUUGAUCCAGUGAAUCUUUAGUCACUGGCAAAUGUGAACAAUUUUUGCUCUUCUGCUUCCUGAAAUCCUUUUGAAUAUCUAAAUAUACACUUCUUCCUCAAAUAAGAGACUUUCCUGCACUUUUGUGCCUGGUGAGAUAAAUUGAUGCCAUAAAUUACAGGUAGCCUUGGGAUUCUGUUUUGUGGGGUAGACGUUAAAUUGUACGUUUUCUUGGUGUCAUAGAAGGCAACUGCGCUAAAUAUCAUUAACCUGUCAAAUAUUUUACUUUUAAACUUCCCAUCCCUCACACCACAAACCUUCUGCAUUCAACAGCAUCUGUAAUGAGGGAUGUUGGGUAGCGGGAACUCUAAAUUAGAAGAUUUGAUUUCGAUCCAGACUGUUCUGCUUAGAUCCCACCAAAAUCAAUGAAGCUUAAGUUUGUUGCUGUUUUGUUUAUAGUUGUAUAUAUAUUGUGUGAAUUGUUUCCCCACUUUUGUGGACUACCCUGGAAUCUUCUGAUGAAGCAUAGUUAUGCUUUGAAUAAAAUAAGCCAACUCUAACUUUUCACAUUGAUAUCAAGGAGAGGCAAGUUGACCUACUUAGUUGCAGCCAUCCCACUGUGUUUAAAUUUUGGCAAACAAAUAUGAACUUGGGCAAUCUGCUCAAAAUAUCACUGUACUCUUUAUCACCCACGUUAUUUGAUUCAGGCUGGGGCACAAUGAUAGAGCAAAAAAAUGAUAUAAAUACAAAAGAGUAGCUUCUGUCAAAUCAUGCAGCUGAUAUCUCUCUUCCCCCAUCUAAAAUAACACCUCUUUUUAUUUACCAAAGGGCUUAUAUAGGGCAAGGAGGAGGUGGAUCAUCUGGUGGAAGUUCAGGAGGAGGACGAUCAUCUGGUGGAAUGUCAUAUGGAGGAAGUUCUAGAGGAGGAGGAAGUGGAGGAGGACAAUCUCCUGGUGGAAUGUCAUAUGGAGGAAGCUCUAGAGGAGGAGGAAGUGGAGGCCAGCAAUCUCCUGGUGGAAUGUCAUAUGGAGGAAGCUCUAGAGGAGGAGGAAGUGGAGGAGGACAAUCGCCUGGUGGAAUUUCACAAGGAGGAAGUUCUAGAGGAGGAGGAAGUGGAGGAGGACAAUCGCCUGGUGGAAUUUCACAAGGAGGAAGUUCUAGAGGAGGAGGACAAUCGCCUGGUGGAAUUUCACAAGGAGGAAGUUCUAGAGGAGGAGGAAGUGGAGGCCAGCAAUCUCCUGGUGGAAUGUCAUAUGGAGGAAGUUCUAGUGGAGGACGACAAUCUCCUGGUGGAAUUUCUCAAGGAGGAAGUUCUAGAGGAGGAGGAAGUGGAGGAGGACAAUCGCCUGGUGGAAUUUCUCAAGGAGGAAGUUCUAGAGGAGGAGGAAGUGGAGGAGGACAAUCGCCUGGUGGAAUUUCUCAAGGAGGAAGCUCUAGAGGAGGAAGUGGAGGCCAGCAAUCUCCUGGUGGAAUGUCAUAUGGAGGAAGCUCUAGAGGAGGAGGAAGUGGAGGCCAGCAAUCUCCUGGUGGAAUUUCACAAGGAGGAAGUUCUAGAGGAGGAGGAAGUGGAGGAGGACAAUCACCGGGUGGAAUUUCACAAGGAGAAAGUUCUAGAGGAGGAGGAAGUGGAGGCCAGCAAUCUCCUGGUGGAAUGUCAUAUGGAGGAAGUUCUAGUGGAGGACGACAAUCUCCUGGUGGAAUUUCUCAAGGAGGAAGUUCUAGAGGAGGACGACAAUCUCCUGGUGGAAUUUCUCAAGGAGGAAGUUCUAGAGGAGGAGGAAGUGGAGGCCAGCAAUCUCCUGGUAGAAUUUCACAAGGAGGAAGUUCUGGAGGAAGUGGUGGCCAUUAUCAAUCUUCUCCCUCAUCUCAAAGCAGGCCUUCAUUAUGUCACAGCCAUUCAUCCACCCAAUCCCAGUCUGGCUCUUACGAAGAGCAAGGUAAGAAGAACCAUACCAUGUUUAUUAUUUAUUUAUUAAUUUUUUUUAAAAAAAACACAAAAAUGAUCAAAGCAGUUUACAAUAGUAACUAUAUAUAAUAAAAACAAUUAAAAAAUUAAAAAUCAGACACCAUCAGCUAAAAAUCUCAUGCCUGCAUAAUCUUUGCAGAAAGAAAAGUUUUUGUUUAAAGGUGUUUAAAGGUUCUGAACUUCCUGUAACCAGUCUUUCUUGUCUUGGAAACAUCGAUUUAACCUUUCUCAAUCUAUGCAUUUCUGUAACAGGAUGUAUACAACUGUGUGUAUACAUACCGUAUUUUUCGCCCUAUAGGACGCACUUUUUCCCCUCCAAAAAUGAAGGGGAAAUGUGUGUGCGUCCUAUGGGGCGAAUACAGGCUUUCGCUGAAGCCUGGAGAGCGAGAGGGGUCGGUGCGCACUGACCCCUCUCGCUCUCCAGGCUUCAGGAAGCUCUGCGCAACCCUCGGGAGCCCUGAUCCCCCAUCCUUUGUUUUUAUAGUUACUUGAGUGGGGCAGAAUGUUAGAAAGAGGAGUAACAAUGGAAGAAAUGGGAGAAGCCAGAAAGGCCAGAAAGUCUCCUAAGAUUUCGGGCUAUGUGUGGUUUCUCUGACUCUAUCUCGGUCUUGUUCCUGAGUGGUUCGUUGGUGACCACUGAGCCUUUAAAAUGCAGAAACAUGUUCCUCUCUCUUUCAAUAGACUAUUCACCGACGUAUUAAGGCAUGACGACAUCUCCCUCUUCCAAAUAAAAGAACGGAUUGAAGCAAGAGCAAAGAGCAAGAAACAAUUCUUCUUCCAUUUGACCGAUACUGCUGAUAGCAUGAAAGUGGGGCCGGUCCCAAAUGCACGCCCCUCCCCCUGCAACCCUUGGCAUCCCUUCCAAAACUAUAUGAUUCUAUAACAUUUUCCAGAUGUACUUAGUUGCUGCAGCCUUGUUGGGUACCAUCUUUAGACUGAGCUGCAAAGCAAGAAAAGGGACGUUCUAUGUGUUAAAUCGGCAUAUACAAGGCUAUGUCCAACUAUUGUCCAAAAUAGCGCUGCAACGGAAGCCAAUAUGCAUAACAAAAUGUGCGCUUUAACAUACCUGAAAUGAAAUGGCACACGCCUUCGGAAUUAAGCAGAGGUUUUGAAUUAGAAUCUUCUUACAUUUCAAAAAUUUAUUAUACUUUUGAAAUUUCACUUAAAAAGAAAGAAACUAAACCCUUAAGUAGAUUAACUUGCCCCAACCUAUAUCUGCCAUCACAGCAUAUGUGAUCAAGAAAGUUCAGGAAAUUUAGGUGAAUAUACAUUUGGAUUUUCAUAAACAAAUUGGAGUCCCGCAUUGUCUAACCUCUCUUGUGUAGGUGGCAAGGACAUAAAGGGUGUGUACAUGAUGGAUUCCCUUCCUGCCACUGAUGUACACCUGCUUUUCCCAUUCUCUGCAAUCUUCUCUGUGCUUGCACCUCUAAUAAAAGUUUACUUCUGCAUAAAGCAAUCGG